AGUACUUCCUUUGCUGGGUAACGUGUUUAGGUUAUAUACGUCGUUGGCUUAUUGAUUUGAAGAAUCACAUGCUCGAGAGCAAGAAUUUCAACAACAAGAAGCGAAUUGGAAAAUUGAUAAUACUACUGUCCACGAGAAUAUAAAAAGGAAAAAGAAGAAUUAUAAUAAAAUCGUGUAUGAUAAAUAAGAGAUGUCUGAUAACAAUUCAAGAUCAGCUUUUUCUGUGCAUACAAAGAAACGUAAAAACGCAGAGCAAGAAAUGAAUUAUAAAAAAAGAAAAAAUACAUCUUUGUUGUCAAAAGUAUCUGAUGAAAGCAUUAAACAAAUGAUUAUCAAAGAUAAAAUCCAAGAACGACAGAAUAAAGAUAAAUACAGCUUGAAUAUUUCUCGAAAAAGUAAAGGUAUUGUCACUAAAAAAGGCAGUUUGAAAACCUGCAAACAAAGUUCCUUACCUAUUGCAAAAUUGAUGAAACCUACAAAUAAAUUAAAAAGAAUGAAUAAAAUACAAUUGAAUGAGGUAAAUAAUCAAAGUGUACAUAAGAAAUCAAAAUUAAAAACGGUAAAGCAAAAAAAGAAAACUGAAAAAAAGAUUUGUGAUAAAAAAGAAAAAAUUAUUGAAGCAGCAUUAAGAGAAAUUUCUGAGGAAGAAAGUGAUGACAGCCAUGUAAAUGACAUAAAUAUAGAAAAAUGUAAAUUCAUGAAUGAUCCUCUUGGAAAUAGUGUAAACUUAUUUAUGUGGCUAAUACAGCCUUUGGGACUAAAAGCAUUUUUUACGCAACGUUGGGAAUCUACCCCAAUCCAUAUAAAAAGAAAUAAUUCUAAUUAUUACAAAUGGAUUGUAUCGACAUCUAUGUUGGACAAAAUAUUGAGAGAUAAUUAUAUUUUAUUCACCAAAAACAUUGAUAUUACUUCUUAUGUUGAUGGAGUGAGAGAGACUCAUAAUCCCGCUGGUCGUGCUCUUCCAAGUGUCGUUUGGGAUUAUUAUCUGAACGAUUGUUCUGUGAGAAUGUUAAAUCCUCAGACAUAUAUACCUCAGUUACAUUUGGUCAAUGCUACUCUUCAGGAAUUUUUUGGCUGUUUUGUUGGCGCCAAUUUGUAUCUCACACCACCCAAUAGUCAAGGUUUUGCGCCUCAUUAUGAUGACAUUGAAGCAUUUAUAUUGCAAAUCGAAGGUAAAAAAAGGUGGAGACUAUACAUGCCUCCUAGUAUUAAUGAAUAUUUGGCGAGAUGUUCGUCUAAGAAUUUCGAUCAAUCGGAAAUCGGAGAGCCUAUACUGGAUACAAUUGUCAAUGCUGGGGAUUUGUUGUAUUUACCACGAGGAACCAUUCAUCAAGGAACGACCAUUGAUGAUACUCAUAGUUUGCAUGUCACGAUAAGUUUGUAUCAGAGAAGCAGUUGGUGCGACUUGCUUGAAAAAGUCCUUCCGCAAGCUCUGAAACGUGCGACCGAAACUGACUGGAAGUUUCGCAGGGGAUUGCCUGUAGGAUAUUUUAGAUACACUGGCAUUGCACAUAGCACAAAUAAAACAGAACACAGAAUGGCUUUUAAAGAAGACGUUAAGGAUAUGGUUACUAAUUUGAUAAAUUACAUCGAUUUGGACAGCGCAGCUGAUUUGAUGGCCAAAGAUCACAUUCAUGACUUCUUGCCUCCUUUGCUCUCCAAAAUCGAAGAAGAAUGUUCAGUGGCGAAAGACGGCGAGAUUAUGAUCAACGGAAUCGUUAAGAAUCGCGUAAAUAUAACACUUGAGACAAAGAUACGAUUGCUGAGAAUACAUUGUAUAAGAUUAAUAAAAGAAGAUGAAAAAUAUAAGAUAUAUUAUUCCACCGAAAAUUCCAAAGAAUAUCACGAAUAUGAGCCGCAAUUUUUAGAAAUUGAUGCAGAAUUUGUUCCUAGCAUUCAGAAAAUAAUAAUAUCCUAUCCCGACUUUAUAUAUGUCAAGGAAUUGCCGAUUGAAGACGACGACAUUAAGAUUCAAAUAGUGAAAGACCUUUGGGAAAAAAGUUUAGUCAUAACGAAUGUCCCUUUAAGUAGUAUGAAUUAAUUUAUUACAAAGAAAGUUGUUACAAAAGGAAUAAAAUAUCUUCAACUUAUAUUUCCUGAUUUUUCAUUUGCGAAAUAAACAAUAAUUGUAAAAUAUAUUACAGUAUAAAAAUGAAAAAUUAUAUA